AUGAGCAACGCGUCCAAGAAACACUCAACAAGAGAGCGCUGCCUGCAGCCGUCCCUGCGAGUGCAAAGAAGUCGAGACUUGGGCGCUCCCCUUCAUUCAGAGCCUCAGCUGCACCCACAAGUGCGAGCAGGUUCAAGAGCAUCUGAAGCGCUGUUCGAGGGAGGAGAGAACGCUGGUGGUCAUAUUGGUGUGGUGGCAAACCGAGGACUGAAGCGGAAGGCUGGAGCUGAUGGCCCUGGUGGUAUACCACCGCUGCAUGCCAUGGCUCCUGGAUCGAAACGCAAGCCCCUUGCUGUGAUUGACAACAUACAGUCCGCUGCACAAGGCGAUGCAGUGCCAGGAAAGUUUCUCCUCCGGAGUGCGUCUGGCAGGAAGGUGAACGAGUCAGCUGUUGCGGUUGCAGGCGUGUUGAAGCUGUUUGGGGAGGAUGGAGAAGAAUGGCAGCAGCAGGGAGAGCAGGGGGUGAAAGGGCUGCAAGGACAGCAGGAGCAGCAGGGAAUGGAUGGGCAGCAGGGGAUUCAAGGGCAACAGGAUAUGCUAGGAGCAGAAGGGAAGCAGGGGAGUCGAGGAUGCAUGGCUAUAGUGCCAGUGACAGAUGAGCCAACAGCUGUAGCUCUCACCACCGCAUUGAACCCAUCUCCCUUGUUACUGCCACCAGAACCUCCGCCACAACCACCACAUACAGGUGCAGCUCUCAUAACCACCGCACAAAACCCAUCUCCAUUAUCAAUGCUACCACUACAACCACCACCACGACCUCCUGCUGGUUCAGCAAGCUUGUUCCAAACAGCCCGGGGAAAGCCGGUCCCUCUGUCUUCAGCUGCUGUGGACAAGGCGUGUGCCCUGCUGGGCGUGCAACAGCACGAGAGGCCACACUUUGAUGAUGGGGCUAAUUUGGGGGCCGGUAGUACAGAAGGAUCGACUGUUGGGGCGGGCCUGUUUCAAACAGCUUCAAACAAGCCGGUGCGUUUGUCUUCAGCUGCUGUGGACAAGGCGUGUGCUCUGCUGGGCGUGCAGCAGUGUGAGAGACCACGGUUUGACGCACCUCGCAUCACACCACCGACACAGAAGCCUGCAGCUCUGCUGAACGCUCAGGGUCACGGUGGGUCUCAAUUUAACGCGCCUAGACUCAUGCCGCUUACACACGGGUCCUCAGCACUCCCGGUCGCUCAAGGGCAUGAGAGGCAGAGCUCUCAUGCGCCCGCAGCAAUGGAGCUUUCAGUGCGGAACUCAGCAGCAGAGCUGACAGUAGUGGCGCAACCAGAUGGCGGAGCUGGUUUGGGGGGAGCUAAUCGGGGGGAAGCGACUGUGGGGGCGGGUCUGUUCCAAACCGCCCGGGGCAAGCCAGUUUCUGUGACUUCAGCUGCUGUGGACAAGGCGUGUGCUCUGCUGGGAGUGCAGCAGUACAAGGGACCACAGUAUGCCGCACCUCAUAUCACACCGCCUACACACAAGCCUGCAGCACUCCCGGACGCUCAAGGGCAGGAGCCGCAGAGCUGUAAUGUGCCUGCAUCAAUGGAGCUUGCAGUGCGGAAAUCAGGAGCAGAGCUGGCAGUAAUGGCGCAACCAGACGGUGAAGCUGGUUUGAGGGGAGCUAUACAGGGGGGAGCGACUGUAGGGGCGGGUUUGUUCCAAACGGCCCGGGGCAAGCCGGUUUCUGUGUCUUCAGCUGCCGUGGACAAGGCGUGUGCUCUGCUGGGCGUACAGCAGGAGCCGCCAGCACUGCUGGUCGCUCAAGGGCAUGAGAGGCAGAGCUCUGAUGCGCCAGCAACAAAGGAGCUUUCAGUGCGGAACUCAGGAGCAGAGCUGGCGGUAGUGGCGCAGCCAGGUGGCAGAGCUCUAUUGGGAGGGGCUAGUCGAGGGGGAGCGACUGUAAAGGCAGGUUUGUUUCAAACUGGCCGAGGCAAGCCGGUUUCUGUGUCUUCAGCUGCUGUGGACAAGGCGUGCGCACUACUGGGCGUGCAGCAGUAUAAGGAUCCUCCACGGGUAGAAGAACCCAGGAUCAGUGAAGAAACAGCAGUGCUUCUGCUGGAGGGCGCAGGCGCAGAGCAGACGAGAGCGGCGCAGCCAGAUAGUGGAGGCAGUCGGGGGGGAGCAACUGUACGGACUACUUUGUUUCAAACCGCUUCAGAGAAGCCGGUUUCUUUAUCUUCAGCUGCUGUGGACAAGGCGUGUGCUCUGCUGGGCGUGCAGCAGCAUCAGAGGCCGCGGUUUGAAGGCAGUGCUAGUCUGGGAGGAGCGACUGUAAGAACAGCAGGUCUGUUCCAAACCGCUUCAAAGAAGCCGGUGCACAUAUCCUCAGCUGCUGUGGACAAGGCGUGUGCUCUGCUGGGCGUGCAGCAGCAUCAGCGGCCGCGGUUUGAAGGCAGUGCUAGUCUGGGAGGAGCGACUGUCCAAACAGCGGGUCUGUUUCAAACCGCUUCAAAGAAGCCGGUGCACAUAUCUUCAGCUGCUGUGGACAAGGCGUGUGCUCUUUUCGGAGUGCAGCAGCGUGAGAGGCCGCAGGUUGAAGGUAGUGCCAGUCUGGGAGGAGCGACUGUCCAAACAGCGGGUCUGUUUCAAACCGCCUCAGAGAAGCCUGUGCGGUUGUCCUCAGCUGCUGUGGACAAGGCGUGUGCUCUGUUGGGCGUGCAGCAGCAUGAGAGACCACGGUUCGAUUCACCCAGGUUCACAGCUUCUGGAAGCACCGCAUUGCCCUGUCCCCAACCUUGUGCAAUCCAACCACCUCCACAUGCUCCCCUCGCCCUGCCUGGUCCUGCUCCUGCUGCCCCGCAACCUCCUCUCGCUCUUCCUGCUCCCGAUGCAACUGAAGGACCUGCUCCUCGUCCCCCUUCCCCUCCUUCCUGGCCCCUCGCCCUCACCCAAACCUCAUCACAAGGUGCAGCCGAGCCUGCGGUGGAGGCUCGGGCAGCACUUGCCAGGGCAGAGGAAAUGGUUGCGAGCCUGUUUGACCUGGGGACUGGGGGGAGUGGAGGCGGAAAUGGGAGGAAUGGGGAGGGGAGUAGGAGCGAUGGUAGUGGGAGUGGGAGGGAUGGUGGUGGGAGAGUGAGAAAUGGUGGUGGGAGCGGGGAGGGCGGUGGAGGUAUGACAUCGCAGAGAGGUCGCAAUGGGGCCGAUGUUGGAAGCCAGACAGUACCGUUGCAGCCUAAGCAGCUAAUGCAACCCGUGCAGCAUGCUCACACUUCCUUCAACACUUCAAAGCAGCAUCCCACCCCUCAAAACCCCACACAUGCACUCUUUCGGUCACCUGCACCUUCCCCACAUACUCCCUCACUCGCCCAGCCUCCUCUCCUCCGUUCCUCAACUCCUCUCCACCCCGCCUCUCCCCUCCACUCCUGCCCUCCUCUCCACCCCUCAUCUCCGAUCCACCGCUCCCAUACCCCUUCCCAUCCCUCCAACUCUCCUCUCCACCGCUCUCAUACUCCCCUCCACACCUCUCCCAAUCGGCUCCACAACGCUCCCCUCCACACCUCUCCCACCCCUCUUCACCGCUCUGGCACCACUCUUCGCCGCCCCUUAACUCCCCUAAACCGUUCUCCGUCCACCUCGCCCUCCCCACGGCGGCAGUUCAUACCGCCCACCUCCACCAUUCCCUCCCUAUUCUCCAAGCACCGCCCUGCUCGCUCCCGCUCCGCCGGCCUGCCUCCCAUCCCCAUGCGCUCACUCACUGAUGCCACUGAUGCACCAGCUCUUGGCGCCAACCAGAAUCCAGCAGAUGGAGCAGGACAUAUGGCUGCUGAUAACGCUGCAGUGUCAAUGCCAAGGAGUGGGUUGAGGACUGACGGAGCAGGUGCAGCAGGUUCAGGAGCAGGCGCGGGAGAGGGCGCGAGUGCAGCAGUGAUGGUUAGACAGGGGGAAGGGGGAGUGAGGCGACUGCAUGAUCUAUACAGGGAUGAGGAGGGGAAGCCGAGGAGGCGACCGUGUAUGGCUGAGUUCUUUGGGUAUCCGCCUGGGCUUGAGCGAGUGGAGGGAAAGGUGUCAGAAGCAGUUCGCAAAAUGACAGCACAGUCCGCCCUCACAUUUGUCUUCACAAUCCCGUCUGCUGUUCAGUCCGCGCAACAGCAAGCACAGCCACUAUUGCCAACUACCCUAUCACUGCCCACCCUGAUAGCACUACCAGCAACAGUAACAGAAUCACCAACAGCAGAACCAGCAGCAGCAGCAGCAGCAGCAGCACUGCCACCAGCCACACAGCCAUCACUCUCACCACCAUCACCACCGUUACCCCAGCCACCACCAUUACUACCUUCUUCACCUCAACCAUCGCCGCCAGCAGCUGGAAGAGAUAGGCGAGCGGGCGCAGAAGCGAAUGGUGCAGCUGACACUGUACAGGUGGCCGGUGCAACAAACGUUUCAGAUGCAGUAGGUUUAGUAGAUCCAGCAGAUAGGGGGGCUAAUAUGGCAGCUGCAGCAGGUGAUGAAGGAGGCGCAGCAUAUGCAGCAGGCGAUGCCAGUGCAGCAGGCGAUGCCAGUGCAGCAGACGAUGCCAGUGCAGCAGGCGAUGCCAGUGCAGCAGACGAUGCCAGUGCAGCAGGCGAUGCCAGUGCAGCAGACGAUGCCAGUGCAGCAGACGAUGCCAGUGCAGCAGACGAUGCCAGUGCAGCAGACGCUGCAGCAGGUGCAGUAGAUUUAGCAGGUGGGGCCAAUGUUGCAGUCGUAAGAGGUAUAGACCAUGCCGGAGGGGUAGAAGAGUUAGCAAAUGGCGGUGGUGUAGGAGCUGUGGAUGGUAUAGCAGAUGCAGCAGGUGCAGCAGCUGUGGCAUCAGUAGCACUCUCGUGGGUGACGAACCACUACCGCUGGGUGGUGUUGAAGCUGGCCUGUCAGGAGCGCAGCUUGCGUGUCCAACAUAAAACCUCCUUCCUGCCCCUCUCCCUUUUAACCCCUCCCUUCUCCCUCAACCGCCCUUCACAGGUGGGUGUCGAACGACUACCGCUGGCUGGUGUGGAAGCUGGCCUGUGGGUGUCAAACCACUAUCGCUGGGUGGUGUGGAAACUCGCUUGUCAGGAGCGCAGCUUCCCCCGUCGCCUUGCAGGAAGGAUGCUGACUGUGGAGAGAGUGCUGGAGCAGCUCAAGUACAGGUACGAGAGGGAGGUGAAUGAAGGCAAGCGGUCGGCUCUGAAGAAGGUGUGCGAGCGGGACGCUGCUGCUGGCAGCCCCAUGGUACUCU